AUGGAGCAGCAACACCCUCCCAGGGACCCUAGGGAGCAGCAACACCCUCCCAGGGACACUGGGGAGCAGCAACACACUCCCAGGGACCCUAGGGAGCAGCAACACCCUCCCAGGGACACUGGGGAGCAGCAACACACUCCCAGGGACCCUAGGGAGCAGCAACACCCUCCCAGGGACACUGGGGAGCAGCAACACCCUCCCAGGGACCCUGAGGAGCAGCAACACCCUCCCAGGGACCCUAGGGAACAGCAACACCCUCCCAGGGACCCUAGGGAACAGCAACACACUCCCAGGGACCCUAGGGAACAGCAACACCCUCCCAGGGACCCUAGGGAACAGCAACACCCUCCCAUGGACCCUAGGGAACAGCAACACACUCCCAGGGACCCUAGGGAACAGCAACACCCUCCCAGGGACCCUAGGGAACAGCAACACCCUCCCAGGGACCCUAGGGAACAGCAACACCCUCCCAUGGACCCUAGGGAACAGCAACAUACUCCCAGGGACCCUAGGGAACAGCAACACCCUCCCAGGGACCCUAGGGAACAGCAACACCCUCCCAGGGACCUUGGCCUCAUGCAACAUGUAUAA